AUGGACUUAGAGAGAGAAGAGGAAGAGCCAGACAUUGACAAGGCAGGAAAAUCACAAACCAAGGUUAAGUUCGACCCAUGGUGCCCACUUAGAGCUCCAAAAGCCGAGCUCAAACAACUCCCAGUUGGUCUAAGGUAUGAAUAUCUUGGUCCUAAUGAAACAUAUCCUGUUAUUGUUAAUGCUGCACUAACAAAAGAAGAGACCGCUUUACUUGUUCGCGAACUGAGAAAGCAUAGAAAGGCUCUUGGUUACUCUUUGGAUGAUUUAACAGGAAUCUCACCUGAACUAUGCACACAUCGCAUCAUCCUGGAGGAUGAGUCUAGUUCUUCAAUUGAACACCAAAGGAGGCUAAACCCAAACCUAAAGGAAGUUGUCAAGAAGGAGAUAAUGAAGCUAUUAAAGGCUGGAGUGAUUUAUCCAAUAUCAGAUAGUGCAUGGGUCAGUGAUCGCGGGAUCAGGUCUUCCCCUUUCCUAUCCCUGAUUCUGCAAGUGCACAGGUCAGAAGUAGUAAACGGGUAUCGAACACGAGGACCAGAUUGCACACUACAAGUUAUGAGUUUGAGAACAAGCUAG